CGCCCUCUCUCCGCGUGAAACAAAGUCUGGUGUCCGCGAGAGCCCGUAGGAAGCGAAAAGAGAGAAAGCGGGGAUAGGGGAGAAUGGAGAGGCUCAGUGCAACAACUGGAGGAAUAAUAAGCCACUGAACGCGGGCGAAGAGAAGCGAACGCGGAGAAAGUCGAGGGGGAAAAACUUUUGAGGGGGGAAAAACUGCCAGAGACGUUCACGCGGACGCGUUUGGGAACAUGGAUACACUUUUCUCCGUUUUCCUGGGACUCCUGCUGCUCGCGUCGACGCUCGCCAGUCAGAUACAGACAGCUCACAUGGGCCGCGCUGAGAAGGGAAGCUGCACGUUCGAUGAAGGCUUCUCCCAGUGCGACUACCAGCAGGACCCGUACGACGACUUCGACUGGACCCACAUCAACACGCAGGAGGUGCCGUACGUGUCCCCGGAGCUGCCGCAAGGCUCCUACAUGUACGUGGACGUGUCCCAGUACGACAGCGGGGAGAAGGCCCGCUUCCAGCUGCCGGUCAUGAAGGAGAACGACACCCACUGCAUCGACUUCAACUAUCUCCUCACCAGCCCCGACGGCUCCAGCCCCGGCACGCUCAACGUCCUAGUGAAGGUCAACAAAGGACCCCUGGCCAACCCCAUAUGGAACGUGACCUCCUACACCGGGAAAGACUGGCUGAGAGCCGAACUCGCUGUCUCCACCUUUUGGCCCAACGAGUAUCAGGUCAUAUUUGAAGCAGAGGUUUCAGAAGGCAAAGCAGGCUUCAUCGCCAUAGACGACAUUCAGGUGCUCAGCUACCCAUGCGAUAAAUCCCCUCAUUUCCUGCGUCUGGGCGACGUGGAGGUCAACGCCGGGCAGAACGCCACGUUCCAGUGCAUCGCCACGGGACGGGACACCACCAACAAUAAGCUGUGGCUGCAGCGGAGGAACGGGGAGGACAUCCCCGUGGCCCAGACCAAAAACAUCAACCACAGGCGAUUCGCUGCCUCCUUCCACCUCAAGGAAGUCACCAAUCAGGAUCAGGACCUGUACCGCUGCGUCACGCAGUCGGAGCGCGGCUCCGGCGUCUCCAACUUCGCCGGUCUCAUCGUCAGAGAGCCUCCGCACCCCAUCGCUCCGCCUCAGCUCCUGGGCGUGGGCCCCACCUACCUGCUAAUUCAGCUCAACGCCAACUCCAUAUUCGGCGACGGGCCCAUUAUCCUGAAAGAGGUCGAGUACCGCAUGACGUCUGGCACCUGGACCGAGACGCACGCCGUGAACUCGCCCAACUAUAAGUUAUGGCACCUCGACCCGGACACGGAGUACGAGAUCCGAGUCCUGCUGACGAGACCGGGGGAGGGGGGCACGGGCAAACCUGGACCGCCGCUCAUCACCCGGACCAAGUGUGCAGAACCCAUGCGGACGCCCAAGAGGCUGAAGAUCGCCGAGACCCGGUCGCGCCUGAUAGCGGUGGACUGGGAGUCGCUGGGCUACAACAUCACCCGCUGUCACACCUUCAACGUCACCAUCUGCUACCACUAUAUGACGGCCAGCAACCGCAGCAAGGCCGACUGCUUGGACAUGGACCCCAAAGCGCCUCGUCAUCUAGUGGGAAACCUGCCGCCCUACACCAACGUCAGCCUGAAGAUGAUCCUCACCAACCCAGAGGGGCGGAAGGAGAGCGAUGAGACCGUCAUACAGACGGACGAGGACGUUCCUGGCUUUGUUCCCAGUCAGUCGCUCAAAUCCACUCCAUUCGAGGACCGAAUCAAUCUCCACUGGAAGGAGCCAACGGAACCCAAUGGCGUCAUCAUACAGUACGAGAUCAGCUACAGCGGGGUGCGCUCGUUCGACCCCGCCGUGCCUCUCCAGCGGCCGGGGCUCACGGUGGCGCUGCCCUCCAACACCACCCAGCACACCUUCUCCCAGCUCCACCCGGGCGUCACCUACCAGUUCUCCAUACGCGCGUCCACCUCCAAGGGCUUCGGGCCCGCGACCACGCUCAACGUGACCACCAACAUCUCAGCCCCGACGAUAGACGAGUACGACGGGUCGGAGGCGUUUCUCAACGAGACGGCGACGACCAUCACGGUGCUGCUCAAACCCGCGCAGGCCAAGGGAGCUCCCAUAAGCGCCUACCAGAUCGUGGUGGAGGAGGGGAACCCCAAGCGGACCCGUCGCCAGGCCUCCUCCGACUGCUACGAGGUGCCGGUUUCGUACCACAGUGCGUCCAGCGGUGGGUCUCCCUAUUACUACGCUGCUCAGCUGUCUCCCAGUAACCUGCUGGAGCCUCUUCCCUUCACCGUGGGCGACAACAAGACCUACCAGGGUUUCUGGAACCCUCCGCUCGCUCCGAGGAAGAACUACAACAUCUACCUCCAAGCCGUCAGCAGCACGGAGCGGGAAACGAAGACGCAGUGUCUGAGGCUGGCAGUUAAAGGUGCGACAGAGGAGCCGGAGGUCAUUCCUGGGCCCGAGAAGCAGACGGACCGCGUGGUGAAGAUCGCCGGGUUCAGCGCCGGCAUCCUGGUUUUCAUCCUGCUGGUGCUGGUCGCCAUCCUGCUGGUCAAGAAGAGGAGGACCUACUAUUCAUACUCUUAUUACCUGAAACUGGCCAAGAAGCGCAAGGACGUGAUCGGAACCACGCGGCAGGAAAUGACCCAGAUGGUGAACGCCAUGGACCGGAGCUACGCCGACCAGAGCACCCUGCACGCCGAGGACCCCAUGGCCGUGACCUUCAUGGACUCCCACAACUACAACAACAGAUUGCCCAACGAUCCGCUGGUCCCCACCGCGGUGUUAGUUCCAAUCACAGACGAGAACCACAGCGGCUCGGCGGCCGAGAGCAGCCGGCUCCUGGACGUGCCGCGCUACCACUGCGAGGGCACCGAGUCUCCGUACCAGACGGGGCAGCUGCACCCGGCCAUCCGCGUGGCCGACCUCCUGCAGCACAUCAACCUGAUGAAGACGUCCGACAGCUACGGCUUCAAGGAGGAGUACGAAUUGGUGAUACAGAGCUUCUUCGAGGGCCAGUCGGCCUCCUGGGACGUGGCCAAGAAGGAGCAGAACCGCACCAAGAACCGCUACGGGAACAUCAUAGCAUAUGACCACUCGCGGGUUAUCCUCCAGCCCAUCGAAGACGACCCCUCCUCCGACUACAUCAACGCCAACUACAUCGAUGUAAGUGGAAACGCAUCGAAUGCUACUAUUGGCUCCCAACGAAACCAACGAAACCACACUCCCUCGCUCAUUUGGCUGUACAGGGAUGGCUACCAGCGACCCAGUCACUACAUCGCCACUCAAGGCCCCGUCCACGAAACCGUGUACGACUUCUGGAGGAUGGUGUGGCAGGAGCAGUCAGCCUGCAUCGUCAUGGUAACCAACCUGGUGGAGGUCGGAAGGGUCAAGUGCUAUAAGUAUUGGCCAGACGAUGCUGAGGUGUACGGAGACUUUAAGGUGACGUUUGUGGAGGUCGAACCUCUGGCUGAGUAUGUGGUUCGCACAUUUACACUAGAGAGGCGUGGAUUCAACGAGGUGCGGGAGGUGAAGCAGUUCCACUUCACAGGCUGGCCUGAUCACGGGGUUCCGUAUCACGCCACGGGACUACUUUCCUUCAUCCGCAGAGUUAAAAUCUCCAACCCGCCGUCCGCGGGGCCCAUCGUGGUCCACUGCAGCGCGGGAGCCGGACGCACGGGCUGCUUCAUAGUCAUUGACAUCAUGUUGGACAUGGCGGAGAGAGAAGGUGUGGUCGACAUCUACAACUGCGUGAAGGCUCUGCGCUCACGGAGAAUCAACAUGGUACAGACUGAGGAGCAGUAUAUAUUCAUCCACGAUGCCAUACUGGAGGCUUGUCUCUGUGGAGAGACAGCCAUACCGGUGUGCGAGUUCAAAGCAGCCUAUUACGAGCUGAUCCGCAUCGACUCCCAGACCAACUCCUCACACCUGAAGGAUGAGUUCCAGACGCUGAACUCGGUGACCCCGCAGCCUCAGCCUGAAGACUGCAGCAUCGCGCUGCUGCCUCGGAACCAGGACAAGAACCGCUUCAUGGACGGCCUCCCUCCUGACAGGUGCCUGCCCUUCCUCAUCACCAUCGACGGCGAGAGCAGCAACUACAUCAACGCCGCCCUGAUGGAUCUGUCAGAAGAGUUCCAGAGCUACAGGCAGCCCGCUGCCUUCAUCGUUACCCAGCACCCCCUGCCCAACACCGUCAAGGACUUCUGGCGCUUGGUUUACGACUACGGCUGCACCAGUCUGCUCAUGCUCAACGAGAUCGACUUGGCUCAGGGCUGUCCCCAGUACUGGCCAGAGGAGGGCACGCUGCGCUACGGCCCGGUGCAGGUGGAGUGUAUGUCCUGCUCCAUGGACUGCGACGUCAUCAGCAGGCUCUUCCGGGUCUGCAACCUCACCAGGCCUCAGGAAGGCUACCUGAUGGUGCGCCAGUUCCAGUACCUGGGCUGGGCCGGACACCGGGACGUGCCCGCCUCCAAGCGCUCCUUCCUGAAGCUGAUCCUGCAGGUGGACCAGUGGCAGCGCGAGGGGGAGGAGGGGGAGGGCAGGACCAUCGUGCACUGCCUGAACGGAGGCGGGCGCAGCGGCGUGUUCUGCGCCAGCAGCAUCGUGUGUGAGAUGGCCAAGAGGCAGAGCGUGGUGGACGUCUUCCACGCGGUCAAGACCCUGAGGAACAGCAAACCCAACAUGGUGGACACGCCGGAGCAGUACCGCUUCUGCUACGACCUGGCGCUGGAGUUCAUCGAGUCCUCCUAGAGGAGCCAAGGAGACAAGAGGAGAAGGAGGUGAAGGAGAGAAGCCUCCCGCCUGUUUGAUUCUUCGCUUCCGCUUUGGCCCCGACCGCUCCUCCUCCGCGCUGGCCGUUCCGUAGCAUCCAUCCAUCCAGCAUCCCUUCACGCGGAGCCAGUGGGAAACGUCGAGCGCCGCUGAGAGUCUCCCCAAUGCUUGCUGUGCAGCUGCGAGUGCCGGCGGGUCCAGGGCUCCCACGCCUCGGGCUCCGCUUCAGUGUUCAGCCUCUCACCUCUCUCCCGUGGACUCUGUGCGUCACGCUGUCUCUGCUGCAGUGCUCCAUGUGCCCUGUAGAUGUCGCCCAACCCCCCUUCUGCAAGCUGCAAAGUAGCUUAACAGCGUGGGCCGUCGUCAUGGUGAUAUUUCAGUUUUUGCAGCCGGUACUUUUGUACAUUGAACAACAAACCCUGUGAAUGCUCCAGUUUUACACAGCAGCAUCUUCACGUCCGGUUGUUACAGUCCAGUUCUUUACGGCCACCUGGUUUCAUUGCUUAUGUGCAAACAGACUUUCAGGUCUAAGACAUAAAACAUUCUAAACAUGGCUUCGCUUACUAGAUAAAGUAGUGUCUUAGAAGAAAGAAUGGCAGCGGAACUGAAAGUUUACAUGAAGAGUAUUAGGCUUCUAGGUAUUUUUGUUUGUGUGUUUUGAAGAUGUGUACGAUUUUUACUCAGUUGUACAAGUGUGUUAUGUAUCAUGUUUUCCGCUCACUGUCGUAGCAUCAUUUACUGAUUUACUGGAAGUUAUGAAGUCGUCUUUUUAGCGCAUAUCGCAAAUGUUGAACCGUGUGACAUUAGCUCGAUCAUGUUUGUUUCAGGGCUGGGCCCACUGCACUUUCAAUUCAGCCAAUUCACAAAUGGGAGAUGAUUCAAAUUUCAAAUCUGACUGAGGUUUGGCCUUAUUUCCAGAAAUUAAUGAGUUGCAUUUUCCAUUGAUUGAAUUUGAAUAGAAUUGGAAGUGAACUGACCCAAGGCUUCGUUUGCUUUGUGCACUGGUGGCCAACACUUUUCUCCUUUGUUUUGUAAUGUUUCUUCAUAAGCCAAAGAGUUUGUGUAAAUAUGUCUAUACAGAUAAAGCACAUUGUUUGUAUUUAUUGUUUACUUGCAUUGCUUGUAAGAACAAUCAUUCUUCAUUCCAUGUUUACCACCAGCGACUCUUAAACCGGCGACGCAAAAUGGGCCGAGUCCGCUUUUCCCGGAGCUGGAGAGCGUUGGUCCAUGAGGCGGCCGGGCAUUUUGGGUCCACGAAGAAAAGUUUAAGAAGCCUCCAUUGAAGCUGUAUAUUAAAAGCAUCAGUAGUUUUUCAGUAUUUAGGUGGAAUCCGUAGUAUUGUCUUGUUUUUACUUCUUGCAUCUCUGUGACGUUAACAUGGUUUAUUUGUCUGUUUGUGGUCGCUAGAACAUCAGAGGACUUUGGAUGGCGGCUCGCGUCCCUCUGAGCUGUUCACCUUCGUACAGUAUCGUGCUCAUCGUGUUCCUCAGACACUGACUGGUGCAAACAGGCUCAGCGAGCGAAACAGGCAGGACGGUGAAGCAGAAACAUGUAUUGUGCCUAAUCAUUUGACUCUCCUUGCUGAUAUACGACGUCUUAGACUGCUUGGUUCCAUGGACGGUCCGUGUGCUGAUUAUCGUUUGGACCACAGUUCAGCAUUUUGUUCCAUGCUUCACUCGCUUCCCGAAUUCCAGACGUGUUUCUGUUCGUGAACAAUGAUUCAGAAAAUUCUAGAAAACUUUAUUGUAAAUAUAAUAUCAUAUGUUCCACUUUGUCGGGACAAAAGAAGCCCUGCUCUAAAGGAUGUUAUUGUAAAUAGACUUUCGUGAGUACUGUAAAGGCCGAGCAGACGCGUUUGGAUGACGGAAGUCACAAAUUGUGCUCCUGGGUUUAAAUAUGGACAGAUAUUGUUUGACGCAUACUGAGCUUUAAUCUGUUGGUGGGUCGGUUCUGGACCGACCCAAAGAGCAGAUGAGCCAGAUGACGAUACUUUGUUUUCAGUGAUGACGGGCGCCACCAGAUGGUAGAAAACUAAAAGGGAAAAAGCCGGUGACACAGUGUGUCAGAACUACUCGUCCAAGGAAAGGUCCCACGGGUUUCUCAUAAUUCCUCUGACUAAAUCCAAAGUAAUGGCCUUGAAAGAUGGUGAAUGAAGCAGGUGUCUGUAUGAACGACCGAGUACAGAACUGAUGUUCAUGAUUCAUUAUUAUUCUUGUCUGUAAUGUUUGGCUUCUUUGCUGUAAUAAAGACCACUUCUUUAAUUAAA